UGGUCGGUUGGACCCGGUCGUGAUGCCUGCGUAUGCGACCGUUAAUUUCGUCUCAGCCCUAUUUGUUCCUUCCUCCAACCAACGAAUCUCCCGCCGACACCCCAUACCCACCCUCUCUCUCUUCAUUCGCUCUGCUCUCCGAUUUUUAGACCCAAAAAGCAAAGCCUUGUCUCAAGAGCGGGUUUUCAUCUUCCCACCUGAACCAGCGGGAAAUGGAUCGGUACCAGAAGGUGGAGAAGCCGAGGGAGGAGACUCCUAUGAACGAAAAUGAGAUCAGAAUCACCGCGCAGGGGAGGCUGAGGAACUACAUUACCUACGCCAAUAACCUUCUUCAGGAGAAAGGGGCUAAAGAAAUAGCACUCAAGGCAAUGGGAAGAGCAAUAAAUAAAACAGUGAUUGUUGCUGAAUUGAUAAAGAGAAGAGUUGCAGGUCUCCAUCAGAAUACUACAAUUGGUUCUGUUGAUAUCACAGAUACAUGGGAACCUUUGGAAGAAGGACUUGUUCCCCUAGAGACAGUCCGUCAUGUGUCUGUGAUAACAGUCACCCUGUCCAAGACGGAGUUGAAUUGCUCUUCCCCAGGGUACCAACCACCAAUUCCCUCUGAUCAAGUGAAUUCAGUGGCCACAUAUGAUUAUGAAAGGAGGGCUACAAACAAUGGAGUAGUAGUAAGGAAUGAUGAAGAUGGUGGAUGGGAAGGAGAGCGCAGUAUCACUGGAAGAGGCAGAGGCAGAGGGCGUGGUCUAGGAAGAGGUCGUGGUUAUCCAGGACGGGGGAGAGCCUAUGUAACUAGAAAUGAUAUCUACAGUGCAUCGGGAACAACAAUACCUGCUCAAGGUCGUGGCAGAGGCAGAAGUAGAGGCAGGGUUCGAGGGAAUGGCAGAGGGAUGCCCCGCGGAGUGUUCAAACCAAAUGUUACCAUUCAGGCAGCAGCAGCCUAAGAUUUCAGCUGUGCAGCAGCACUUACUUCCCACUUCCCACCGCUUAUAGCUUUUCCUAUACUGCUUUAUAUAAGCCACUGCUUUUCUCUAUGCAAUCGCCACUGUUUGUAGGUUUCAAUGGAUGGCUUUUUUCUGUUUUAGUGCCAACAGAAACUUGAUCCGUAUAAAAAAAUAUUGUUUUCUUGAAUAAUAGUUCCGGACAAUGCAUCACUUCUUAUUGCCGUGGAUA